CCUCCUUUGUGAGAACACCGCCGGUGCAGACCACUGGUUACCAGCUCCCUCUUGUGAGGUGACGGUCUUCUUCGUUUUCUGUGUUAAGUGAACAAUUAACAAUUGAAAUGGCCAACCAAAUCAAACUGUUGACUGUAAACUUCGACUAUCAAGUCAUGAAGGAGGUGGUGAAGGCGCUGGUCUCCAACGCACUGAUGAAGGCCGCGGAGUGGGCGGUGGGCACCGCCUUUGAGGCGGUGCUCGUCUCCCGCAGCCUCCAGCACACCGUCGGCGCCUGGCACGCCGCGGGGCCGCACACCACGAGAGUCGGGCAGGUGCGCCAGCUCCUGGCCGACCUCUGGGUGCUGGCCGCCCCGCGGGACCCCCUCAGGGAGUGCGGCGUCCUUGCCGGUCAUGACAGCUGGUGGACGGUGUUCUGGGGCCUGGGGGAGGCGGGGGAGCGCCUCGCCUGCCUUCAGCAGAGGGUGGCGCUGGCCCACGAGGAGCACGAGGCCUUCACGAGCAACCUUGUGCGGGUCUGCGUGCUGCUCUUCACGGGCCUUGCGGGCUGGGCGCUGUGUGCGCUGCGGGGCACGCGGCGACCACGGGAAACGGUGGCCGCUGCGGGCACUGCGGCGUGCACGGCGGGCCCAGAGGAGGAGGAGGAGUUUGCCUCGGCCGAGGAGGAGGAGGAGGAGUAUGCCUCGGCUGAGGAGGAGGAGGAGUAUGCCUCGGCUGAGGAGGAGGAGGAGGAGGAGGAGUAUGCCUCGGCUGAGGAGGAGGAGGAGGAGGAGUUUGCCUCAGCUGAGGAGGAGAAGGAGGAGGAGGAGGAGGAGGAGGAGGAGGAGGAGGAGGAGGAGGAGAAGGAGGAGGAGGAGGAGUUUGCCUCAGCUGAGGAGGAGGAGAAGGAGGAGGAGGAGGAGGAGGAGAAGGAGGAGGAGGAGGAGAAGAAGAUAGAGUUUGCCUCACCUCUGGAGGAGGAGAAGCCUGAGGACGCCACUGAAGUUGACACGAAGUUGCACGAAGAUGUAACCUGCACAGAAGAGGAGGCGAGCGUGGCGGCUGUUCUGGAAGGCGAAGGUUCACGGCCAUCUCAGGACCCUCAGGAUGACAAGGUCGAGGACCGUCAGGAGGAAGUGCCUGACAGCCUCAGCGAUGCCUCCCAUCCGCCUCGUCCCGCCCAGCAAAACACGGAAGUGGCGGCCAAGACCUGGGCCGAGGAGGUGGACGACGCCUUCCCUGUCCCCGAAGAGUGCCUGCAGCACUUCGGCUCCGACGAGUGGUCGCUGGCGACCGGCCACAAGAACCGAGGGAAGCACAAAGACGCGACGGGUCAGCAGAACGACACCCAGACCCGCUGCAGGCACUCAGGCACGCAGGCACCACCUUCAGGCACACAGGGCCGCCCUUCAGGCACACAGGCACCACCUUCAGGCACACAGGGCCGCCCUUCAGGCACACAGGCACCACCUUCAGGCACACAGGGCCGCCCUUCAGGCACACAGGGCCGCCCUUCAGGCACACAGGGCCGCCCUUCAGGGACUCAGCUCCAGGGUUCUAAGAGUCAAGUCCGCCCUUCAGGCGCGCGCAGAAGACAUCCUAAGCGCGCAUCAGGCACACCGGGGCAGAAAGUGUCACCAAGAGCCCAGACGUACACUGUGGCGCCCCAGCCCGCGCCCCUCACCCGGUGCUGGGCCGCGGUGGUGCAGGCGCCCAGGCCCGAGGAGGCGGUGACACCCUGCCCUCCUAACACCCAGGGCCGCCCCUCAGGAACUCAGAGUCGCCCUUCAGGCAACCAGGCCCGUCGCUCAGGCAACCAGGCCCGCCCUUCAGGCAACCAGGCCCGUCGUUCAGGCAACCAGGCCCAUUCUUCAGGCAACCAGGCCCGCCCUUCAGGCAACCAGGCCCGUCGUUCAGACAACCAGGCCCGUCGUUCAGGCAACCAGGCCCGUCGUUCAGGCAACCAAGCCUAUUCAGGCAACCAGGCCCGUCGUUCAGACAACCAGGCCCGUCAUCCAGGCAACCAGGCUCAUUCUUCAGACAACCAGGCCCACCAUUCAGUUCAGGGGCCAGCUCACGGUUAGUUCCACGCCUGAUGAUGAUGAUGACAAAAGUUUCAAAUGAAGGGAGUUUCACAAUUUUCUGUAUAUCUCAUGAUUUCUUGAU